UCUUCUUGUCCAAAAAAUAGGUUUCCUUAGAAACAAAAAAAAAGUUUACUUGCCACGAUGUGUUCUGAUACGUAGUCGUAAACACGUCACAUUCAGGGAAUGAAAUCUGGGAAUCUUGAUCCGUCACAAAAAUCUUUUACAAGUUGGUGGGACGAGUCCGAAUUCUUAAUAAUAUUGAAAUGGAGAAAGGUUGUAGCUUAAAGGACUCCACAAAGAAUAAUUCGUGCGAAAUAGAGGUUUUAAAUUACUCAGACGGAGAAACAAUCGACUAUCCUUUCGUUCUUCUAGAAUGCCAAUUUAAAAAUAACUCAAAAUUCGAUGGAGAAUUUGGAGAAAAAGAAGUUUCCUUUCCGAGGGAUGACAACCAGUUGCUGGAGAAUCAUGGAAAAGUAGUUCAAGUUUUAGUUGAAACUCGGGAUGAGUGUGUGUCUUGGCCUGUAAUACGAGGAGCAUUUAAAGUACUUUUAAAGCUUGUUCCAGGGGAUAAUAAUCUUAGAAUCAAAGCAUCUAUGAGUGAAAAGCGUCAAAUACAGAAAGACUUCCAUUUGGUCUACAAACCUUCAACUUUGCCAAGGUUUGUUCGGGUUGUCUAUGUGAAAUGCGUGGAUUCAGAUGGAAGUUUUGAAGCACCUCCAGAAGUGGCUAACAACAUAGAAGUUGCACAAAAAAAGCUUGCAUUCAAUUCAAGAUUGUUGCAGACAUUCACAGCACAAGACUUGUAUAAACAUGGUUUUGGCCACAGAACAUUCAGAUUGGAAGAAAACUCUGAAGGAGAACCACUAAUUCAUGUCUUCACAACUUCUUUGACAACUGAAGAGGCAUUGAAAAUGAAUGGAGGAGAGCUUUAUAGCCAGUUUUCUAAAGAGCUAACAGACUCUAAUUUGUAUGACCCAUUGUGCAAGUUCUGGACAUUUAUGAGUUGCACACAUUAUGACCCUCCACCACCUGAAGAAUUUGAUGAAAAGGACGUUCAUUUGUACGUAAAGGCUCAUACUGCACUUGGAGGUGGCCAUCUUGCCUUAUUUGGAACUGGUGGGCUCCAUACAUGGGCAGAUAAUGUUGAUGAUCUGGUAUCGUGUUUCACAAACUCAAAGAAGGUUGACAGGAGGUGUUUGUUUGAUGAUAGCUGCCGAAGAGGUUUUUACUGGGCCAACUAUGCCACAGGACUGGGCGCAUCAAUGCAUGAACUGGGCCACUGUUUUGACCUGGCUCACACCCCAAAAGGAAUUAUGGGUAGAGGGUUUGAUGAUUUCAACUGUGUUUUCACACUAUGGAGAAAUCCACCACAACAUCAGGUUGAUAAAGAAAAUAUUCCAGGUUUAACAAAACAUGCAACUGGAAAGGAGUCUUCCACUCCUCCUAGCACUGACUCCUCUGUGAAUUAUGACCAACCACAAGAGAGUUCCAAGGACGAUCAGAAAUGUCUAGCUGUUUCCAGUGAAACCUUAUCAAGUGAUAGCGAGUGUUGCAAUCUUGCAUUACCAGGCGAUAACUCACACGGUGCCACUUGGUAUCGUACUUCUGCUGUAUUGCUACGAUAUCACAAGUGGUUUUCCAGUAACAAGGAAUCCGGUGAAGAGCUAUCAAAAUUACCUCUAAUCCACUGGGGUCGACAAUUUUAUGGCCCAAUGGGAACAAUGUCAGGCAAUUGUGAUUCCAACAAAGUUUACUUCAAUGAUAAAACAUGGCUAUCAAAGAAUAAUGCAAGACUUGGUGGCUACAUCAUUUACGCUGAUGUUUAUGUAAAUUGCAUUCAGACUAUUGGCUUGGCUGUGGUUGAGCAAGAUGAUGUUGAGACUGUUACAGAAGUCUUAUCUGAGCCUUGUGGCAGAGAGGGUGUCGGCCGGCGAUACAUCUUCAGGCUCGAACACCCAGAUGAGCACUUGAUUGCUGUAGAUUUACGUUCCGGGGCCUGGAUCGACGCCCUGAGAUUCCACACCAACUACAAGUCGUCCUUAUGGAUGGGAGGGAGGGGAGGGUCGUUGUGUCAUUUUGAACCAAGUCCAGAACAAUCGAUGGUGGGCGUGUUUGGAUGUGCUGGAAAUUAUGUGAACUCGCUUGGUUUCUUCCUGGAAAGCCCUCAGUCCUCGUCCAGUCCAAAUGACCCACAAGGUGACGAGGAGCUGAUAAUAGAAGCACCAAAUGGACUCCGACUCAUCGAGCUACAGAACAAAACACACGGUGAGGUCUUCAAACACUGGGAAUUCCUGGAUGCCUGUCCACCAACUCGCUUCUCUCUUGACCGAGAUGAUAUCAUUAAACAAGAAUCUACUAUACUAAUUGAAGAUGAUUUGGGCAACAUCCAAAGGAGUGGCCCAUUUUACGAUUUUGAUCAAAUUUCUGCUGACGACGGGGAUAAUGCACUAGUAAUCGACGACGACGAAGGUGAACCUUCGCUCGAAAAAGAUGAUUCGACGGAACAGGAAUCAGAUUCAGUAGAGAACAAAGUAUUAAGUGAGAAUUAAGUUUACUCGUUUAAAACUCUUCAAGCGGUUUUCGUAUGAAUGGGAAACGCGGUACUGACUAAAGCACGCAUAUAUUGUAACACUGAAAGGGCUUCCCAUUGUCUUCUAAUAAUUUAUCCAAUCGCAACGCAAUUAUCCAAUUUUCCAGUAAUUCCGUACGAGAUGGGCUGCAUCAAGGAGAGAGGACAACGAGACGAAUUAUUCAGAUUUUAAACAUUUUUACUGCAAGGCUAAAUAUUAUACUUAGUAGGUCAGUAAUCUUUACAGGUCAGCUUAUAUACUCAUCUUAGAUAGAAUAAAUAAAUAAAUAAAUAAAUAAAUGAUUAAGGCAGGGACAAGUGCGGGAAUCAGCACCGCUCUAUUAUUUAAGUGAAGUUCACAACUGAGUUGCUUGUGUUGCGUCGUGGAGCACCGUUACCUUAGUCCUUCUGGGGUCUCUUGCUUAUUCUCAUGCAUUUGCGCCGUGGUUGAAGGGAGAAAUAAAAAUUACGAAUACUUUUAAA